AUGGUGGUGGUGGCGGAGGAGGAGGAGGAGACUUCCAUCUCGACUUUGGACGACAAAAAAACGAACCGAAAAAUUACGUUUACCGCCAAAAAACACUGGAAGAAGCUGUCGGAUAUGGUCGAGAAACCGGUGGUAUUUGCGAAAAAUUUCGGAAAAAAAAUGCUAUAAUCAAAAAAUUGUGCGUUUAGAUGAUGAGCAAACCGGCCAAGUUGGACGAGAGAUACACGCGAUCGCCGCGAAGCGAGGACAGUUUCGACAUGUGAGUUGUAUUUUUUUUGUCCACAUUCUCCACAUCAUCGCCGUCAUUUUAAGCCAAAGCGGGGGUGUGUACGAUUUUUUUGAAAAAAGUUAUGAUUUUCCAAAGUUUGUUGUUGACAAGCUCUCAAAUUGUUCUCAUUUUUUGCCGCCACGUCAUAGGCGGCCGGCUAUACGAAUGAGUAUUAUCACCAUUACCCAAUAGUAUUAUCCUCUUCCUCAUCAUACUCACCCCCCUCCCUUGAGAGUAUUGAAGCGAGCGAUGCACCAUGGCAACUAACAGAUAUGAGACUUAGAAGCGAUUUUCAAGCGGAACUCGUUUUGAAACCGAUUUGUGGCUGAUGAAAUCAUUCGGAAAAUAAGAGCAGGGGGUGGACGUUUUGCAACUAGUGAACAUCAAAAAGUGGGUCACAAGGGCAAGAAAAUAUCGUUUCUUCUCUAGGCUCGAUCCGCGAUUCAAAGCAAAGCCCCGUCCGAUGCCACCGGCGCCACAAGUCCGUCCAGAAGUGGUAAUCCAAAUCGACGAGGUCGAAUCGCCGAUUCUCGGACUGCUCGACGAGACGGACGAUCAGGAAGUGUUCGAGCCGCUCGAGGGCGACGACCGAAACCUCGGCGCCUCCUCCUCCCUGGACGUGAAUUCGUUGUCGGCGACGCGCGCCUCGUCGGCCAUCGAAGACGACGUGCGCUCGCAAAUUUCGUUUGUGAUGCGCGAGCGAUUGCACUCGAUCGCCAAGGAAGUGCAUCGACGGACGUCGGCGAUUCGCGAGGAUCUCGUCAAGGAAAUACCCGAGGAUACGGUCUCAGUCGGCACGGGCACCAACAUUCCGUCGACCGAGCAUCGGCCGAGUCUGAUGAGUUUGAUCGGAUUGCAGGUGAGCAGCCAACGUCUCCAUUUGCGGCGGCGGCCCAUUCACGGCGACCAAAAACGUAGAAAGGGGCGUGGCCUACCAUUUUGGCGUGAAAUUCGAAAUUAAUCCCCAUUUUUCACAUGUUUUUCGUCAAAAAUUACCCAAAUUUUGUACGAUUUCGCGACGAUGUAAUUGCAUAACUUUGGCUAAACUAAUCAUCGCGCACUUUUUGAGCUUAAAACAAGCACGUUUCAUUGAGAAAUGAAUCAAUUGAGUCGAUUUUCAAGUUUUGUGCUGAAAAUGCGCGAAUUUCAGUCAUUCGCCGAUACUUUUUGCCGUUUCAGCGCUUCAUAUACUUGUAUUAACGUGCUUAAUCACUUCCGACACUCACUUCGUCUCAAAACUAUCCAGAUCGGCCGGUAUGAAAAUUCCGCAUUGCGAAAUAUGCCAAAACCGUCUCAAACGCGGCGUUUUCACGAAAAUUUCAAUGUUUUCUCUUUUUAAUGUCUCUUCUUUCGUCGAUAUCAAACACAAAAAAAUCGGAAAAGUGCUGAAAUUGCGGCAAUUUUCAGAAAACGCGUCGCAGAUUAGGCCACGCCCCCUUUCUACACUUUUUUGGUCGCCGUGAAUGGCCAUUGCACGGUCUCCAGAGCUGACAAUGUGGGCGUGGCCUCGGCGGCCAAAUGGCGUUUUCAUGAAUUGAGCAGGUUUUCUCUGAUUUUUGUGGUCAAAGGCGAUGAAAAUGAUUGUUCGACAUGAAAACACACUAAUUCUCACAGAAUUAAUGACGUUUUGGCGCAUUUUUCGCGGAUUUCGCGGAUUUCGCUUUUUCGCCUUCGCCGCCGAUCGCCGCCUAAAAACCGCACUUCUCAUUUUGCGCUUUCUUGACCGUUUUCAGACAGAAUUGGUUUUGAGAAUGAUGAUUCACGUAAAUACAACCGUUUUGAGCGUUCGAACUGCGAAAACUACCGAAAAGCAACAGAAAUUCACGCAGUUUUAGCAGAAAACCUUCAAACGGAUAAAUGUGAUUUGCGACUUGACCAAAUUUAACGCUCUUGAGCUAGAAAAAUUCGUAAUAGCCUUUACAAUCGGUCUAUCGAGAGAAAAAUGAGAAAUUAUCGAUUUUUCGUGGCUAAUCUGGCAAAAAACACAAAUUUUGCUUAUAAAAUUUGAAUUUCGCGCCAAUGUAUCGCUCUAUUGGGCGGGGCGCACUUGCGCGCCCAUUGUCAGCUCUGGACACCGUGUAAACGCUCAUUUCAGAACCGUCCAGAGUCGCCAGCGCCGGCAGGCGCGCGCAAGUUCUUCGGCAUUCCGCUCGCCGGCACCUUCCAUCCGUACGGCCGUUUCUACAUGUCCUGGCUCUCGUUGGUCACCGUCUGCUUUCUCUACAACGCGUUUUGCAUUCCGCUUCGCUCCAGCUACCCGUACCAGACCGAGUCCAACUGGAUCUACUGGUUUUUUGUCGACUACCUCUCCGACGUCGUCUACCUCGUCGACAUGUUCAUCGUCAAGCCGCGAUUGAGGUUCACUCGUGGCGGAAUUCAGGUGAAGACGAUCGGCGACACGGCCAAGCAUUAUAUUAUGACGCGCACGCUGAAGCUCGACAUUUUGAGCAUUCUACCCACGGAUUUGGUCUAUUUGGCGGUCGGCAAAAAGCCGAUUUGGCGGAUGAACCGACUUUUGAAGAUCAACUCGUUCUGGCUGCUCUUCGACAUGCUCGACAACUCUUUCGCCAAUCCUUAUGCGAUUCGGUAAGCGAUUUGAAAGCGCCUUGAUGCCCAUCCUGCCCACAUUUUGAAAUUUUCGCCUAUACUCAAAAAACGUUCAUCUCCGCCAGUGUUGAGCGGAAUUCCGUCUUCCGUCUUCCGUCUUCUGGGAUUUUUUCUUCUUACCGUAAAAGAGUAAUAGCUUUUCAGAAGCCAUUUACUAGCCCCGAAGAACGCGAAUUUCCACGGGCAGUGACCCAGAUCCAAAAAUUUUUUUGUUGCUUUAGUUAUUUUUUUCAAAAACACCGGAGAAAAAAAGGUUCUGUAUUGACGAUUUUUUUGUUCCGUCUUCCGUCUUCCGUUUUUCGUGUUCCGAAAAAAAAUUUUCUGCCGCCUUCCGGGAAAAAAGUUUUCUUCCGUCUUCCGUUUUCCGUGUUCCGUAAAAAAAAAUUUUCUUCCGUCUUCCGGGAAGAAAGUUUUCUUCCGUCUUCCGUUUUCCGUGUUCCGUAAAAAAAAUUUUCUGCCGUCUUCCGGGAAAAAAGUUUUCUUCCGUCUUCCGUAAAAAAAUUUUCUGCCGUCUUCCGGGAAAAAAGUUUUCUUCCGUCUUCCGUUUUCCGUGUUCCGUAAAAAAAAUUUUUAUUCCGUCUUCCGUUUUCCGUGUUCCGUAAAAAAAAUUUUCUGCCGUCUUCCGUGAAAAAAUUUUUCUUCCGUCUUCCGUUUUCCGUGUUCCGUGAGAAAAAUGUUCUUCCGUCUUCCGGAUUUCAAAAUUCCAUUUCCGCUCAACUCUGGUCUCCUCCACCCGCUGAAUCCAAAUUCUCACCGUACAGAAUCGCUCGCACGCUCUCCUACAUGAUCUACAUCAUCCAUUGCAACAGUUGUGUCUACUACAAGUUGUCGGCCAUGCAGGCGUUUGGUCAGAUUGCGUAUUUGGAGAAUGGAAAGUGGUACCUGAACAAAUGGGUCUACAAUAAUCAAGGUACCGUAGGGCCUCUCCUCCCAAACACGCAUUUUGUUUCUUCAAUUUUUUCCAGGCAACGCCUACAUCCGCUGCUUCUACUUCACCGCCGCCGUCGCCACGUCGACCGGCAACAAUCCGGCACCGACGAACGUCAUCGAGUAGGCCACGCCACGCGACGCCACGCGACGCCACUUUUCUACAGUAACCCACCGUACCCGUUCAGGUACAUUUACAUGACGUGCUCGUGGAUGAUGGGAGUGUUCGUGUUCGCCUUGUUGUUGGGACAAAUUCGCGAUAUUGUGUCGAAUGCGAAUCGAAAUCGCGAAGAGUUUCAACGCAAAAUGGAUUUGGCGCUGGGAGAGUGCAAAAAAUUGGGUGAGCGGGUUGAGCCUUUUUAAGCUUUGGGCCAUUUUCAGGCCGAAAAUUGAUAGACGCUUAACAGAGCUCACGGUCUCCCAGGGCGCUAAUGCUAAACACAGUGCGCUCGUAAAUUGCGGAGUGUCGUUGUAAUUUUUGAAAAUUUGCACGUCUAAAAAUGCAGUUCAAUUCGAGUUUACGACCUUUAUUUCUUUCUUUUUGACUUGAAAAACGUCUAGAAAACAAUAUUUUACUGAUUGGAAACCGUUCUUUACAGAAUUUCGAGUUUUUCAUGUUUUUAGCGUCUUUUUCGCAUUUCGUCAAAACUUCAAACCUUUAUAUUUCAGCUCAUUUUGCAUUUCAUGAGCCCAACGAACGAUAAAAAUGUUCGCUGAAACGUUCUUCACAAAAUUCACGUUCCGGCGGUUAGUUUUCUUGAGCAGGUUUCGAAAACUAUUCGAAAAACAUCAAAAUCCAGGCCAAAAUCUUCAAAUCGAAAUAACUCGGCUAAUUCCACAACGAUGUGCGAGAUUUCUGUUACUAAAACGUAGCUAGUGCUCUAAUUAUUCGAAUCCAGGUUCCAGGCGUACAAAAAAAAAAUAGGUAUAGUGUACAGAAAACAUGGAAAGAACGCGAACUCCCGUUGAAUAUUAAUUAAUUGGCCGCCGCGUAAAUCGACACAGCCCGCCUGUUGCAAGUGCGCUCCAUUGAAAUCAUUCGCGCCGUGGGAGACCGUGUAGGCGCGCCGAUUUCACAGGUCUCCGCGAAGAGACGACGAAUCGCGUCAGGGACUGGUUCAUCUACACGUGGCAGCAACAAAAGACGCUUGGUACGUGCGCGCGAAAAAGUUGAUCGCCGCGUAGAAUCACGUUUUCAGACGAGAAAAAGCUGAUCGAAAAGUUGCCGCUCAAGUUGCAGACCGAUUUGGCGUUGUCGGUGCACUACAACACGCUGAGCAAGGUGCAGCUGUUCCAGGACUGUGAUCGGGCUCUGUUGAGGGACCUGGUGCUCAAGUUGAGGCCCGUCAUCUUUCUGCCCGGCGAUAUGAUUUGUUUGAAGGUGGGCUAGGCCCAAAAAAGAAGAAGCUAGACGACACGUGUUUCAGGGCGACGUCGGCAAAGAGAUGUACAUCAUCAAUCAGGGCAUACUGCAAGUGGUCGGCGGCGACAAAAACGAGACGGUCUUCGCGGAGAUGGGCCAAGGAGUCACGUUCGGAGAGAUCAGUCUGCUCGCGAUCGGCGGCAACAAUCGGAGGACGGCGUCGAUUCGCGCCAAGGGCUACUGUACGCUGUUCGUGUUGGCCAAAGAGGAUCUGAACGACGUGAUCCGCUACUAUCCGCAGGCGCAGGCGAUUCUCAAGCGCAAGGCGGCGGCGAUGCUCAAGAAGGACGGCGAGAAGAAGGAGGCGGCCGGCGAGGCGGAGAAGAAGCAGCAGCAGCAGGAGAUGGAGGACAAAGUGAAGAUCAACCCGCGGCCGAGGAUGCCAAAACUCAUGGAGGUACUGGGAGAAAGUUAGGCCACCGCCACCACUUCCCUCCUUUUUACAGCUCAUCGCCAAUAUGGAGGAGAUGAACGAUAAUAAGGGUGUGCAGGAGUUGAAGAAGGCAAUUGAGGAGGAUCCUGGUGAGUUGAAGGGAGGGGACGAGGAAAAGCUAGGCCAUGGCGUAACAAUGAUUCGAGAAGUUGAGUCCGUGACAAAAGGUCGGAAGCCAAAAGGUCGAAAUGACAAAAGGUCGGAAAAAAAUGUCAAAAGAUCGGAAAAAAAUGACAAAAUGUCGGAAAAAAGUGACAAAAAGUCGGAAAAAAAAUGCCAAAAGGUCGGAAAAAAAUAAAAUGCCAAAAGAUCGAAAAAAAGUGACAAAAUGUCGGAAAAAAAUGCCAAAAGGUCGAAAAAAAAUAAAAUGCCAAAAGAUCGGAAAAAAAUGACAAAAGGUCGGAAAAAAAUUACAAAAAGUCAGAAAACAGGUAUUUUAGCAGUUUUUUCCGAUCUUUUGACAUUUUUUUCCGACCUUUUGUCAUUUUUUUUUCCGAUCUUUUGGCAUUUUUUUCUAAAUUUUUGGCAUUUUUUUCCAACCUUUUGUCAUUUUUUCCCGACCUUUUGUCACUUUUUUCCGACCUUUUGUCACUCUAAAAACAAAACAUGGCCUAACUUUUACGAUGGAGAAAGUGAGGCCGCCCAGUAUCAAUUUCCAGAAAAACUGCGCCGCCAAUCGAUGUACUACCCGUGGAGCCAUCUGGAACGCGCCAACGACGAAGAAGAAGACGAUGGGGAGGAUCUUUCCGAUGUCGGCGAGGAGGUUCCAAUGUAUUCGGACUCGGAACACGACGGCGAUCCGCUCGACGACGUGGACGUGGGAAUGGGCGGAUCGGAAGAGGAGGAGGAAUCCGAAGAGGAGGACUGGUCCAAACCGGGACCAUCCACACGGCCCUCCAAAAAAGCAGCAAAGAAGAGGAAGGAGGAGUAG